AUGCAGGAGCUGUUGAGCUCUUUGGUUUUUGUGUCUUCUUACCCAAAAUCUCUGAGUGAGUUGAUGGGAAAGUCUUCUAUUUUGCUUAUCAAUGGAAGCUUGCAAAGGAGAAUCCAUGGACUAGUGGGUGGCUUCUUUAAAUCUCCACAGCUCAAGGCUCAAAUCACCAGAGACAUGUACAAGUAUGUCCAAGAAUCUACGACAAAUUGGAGCCAUGACCGACCCAUCUACAUUCAGGAUGAAACCAAAAAGAUUGCAUUUCAAGUACUAGUUAAGGCAUUGAUUAAUUUGGAUCCUGGUGAGGAAAUGGAGUCUCUAAGAAAACAAUUUCAAGAAUUCAUGGCAGGCCUCAUGUCAUUACCAAUAAACAUUCCUGGAACUAGGCUUCACAGAUCGUUACAAGUGGUGUGUUUUGCUUUAAUGGGCAUUGGCAGCUCAUUUCAUGCUCAAGAAACUGCUGUGAGUGGCCUCAACUUAUCUGUUUGCAUACAUUUGUUGAAAACAUCAGGUUUGGGCCUUCGAGUACUGUGUGACUUCAGGCCAUCAACUACAGAGGUUAACAUAACAAUAAAGCUUUUACUUGUGUUGCUUUUCUCGACAGUGGAGUUUUGUUGUCUCAGUUCAAGUUUUGGUGGCAUGAUAGACAUGGAAUCUGUCGAGGACGUGGCUAAUAUUUCUAAUGUGUCUGGGAUUAAUACCCAUUCUUUGCAACUGUACAGUCAUUGCUGA